CUUUGCAUCUUCUCAUGGGUCACAAUAAGAUUGUGAUGAAGAAAAUUGAGGAUCCAACAUCCCGCAAGCAGUUCUAUUCGAAUCGCAAGGAUAGCAUUGUGAAGAAGUCAAAUGAGUUGGCGGUUGUAUGUGGUACAGAUGUGGCGUUGUUGAUGUUUUCUCCAGCUGGUCAAGUGACUACCUAUUCUAGCAAAGAAAGUGUUGAGGAUAUCAUGAUCGAAGCUAUGAAAAAGCCUGUGAAUCCGCGCAUUUGAUGCAGAGUCUCAAACAGUCAAAAUCUGAAGGCCAAGUGGAUGGAAAAAUAGCUAUGUAUGACACUCUCCUUUGGGACUCCGUUUAUAUGAAACAGUCUAUUAGUUCGUGCGAGCGGAUUCAUGACUUCUCUCUUUCUUUACUGUUUUUGGUUUGUAUUUUCU